AUGGAGGGCGCCGAGGCCGGGGCGCGGGCCACCUUCGGGGCCUGGGACUACGGCGUGUUCGCGGCUAUGCUGCUGGUGUCCACGGGCAUCGGGCUGUGGGUCGGCCUGGCCCGCGGCGGCCAGCGCAGCGCCGACGACUUCUUCACCGGGGGCCGGCAGCUGGCGGCCGUGCCCGUGGGGCUGUCGCUGGCCGCCAGCUUCAUGUCGGCCGUGCAGGUGCUCGGGGUCCCCGCCGAGGCGGCGCGCUACGGCCUCAAGUUCCUGUGGAUGUGCGCGGGCCAGCUGCUCAACUCGCUGCUCACCGCCCUGCUCUUCCUGCCCGUUUUCUACCGCCUGGGCCUCACCAGCACCUACCAGUACCUAGAGCUCCGCUUCAGCCGAGCAGUGCGGCUCUGCGGGACGCUGCAGUACCUGGUGGCCACGAUGCUGUACACAGGCAUCGUGAUCUACGCGCCCGCGCUCAUCCUGAACCAAGUGACCGGGCUGGACAUCUGGGCGUCGCUCCUGUCCACCGGCGUCAUCUGCACCUUGUACACGACCGUGGGCGGUAUGAAGGCCGUGGUCUGGACAGACGUGUUCCAGGUGGUGGUGAUGCUCAGUGGCUUCUGGGUGAUCCUGGCCCGAGGCGCCGUGCUCAUGGGGGGGCCCUGGAACGUGCUCCGGCUCGCCCAGAACCAUUCCCGGAUCAACCUGAUGGACUUCGACCCGGACCCCCGGAGCCGCUACACCUUCUGGACGUUCGUGGUGGGCGGCACGCUGGUGUGGCUCUCCAUGUACGGCGUGAACCAGGCCCAGGUGCAGCGCUACGUGGCCUGCGGCUCGGAGGGGAAGGCCAAGCUGGCCCUGCUCGUCAACCAGCUGGGCCUCUUCCUGAUCGUGCUCAGCGCGGCCGGCUGUGGCAUCGUCAUGUUCGUCUUCUACAAAGACUGCGACCCCCUCCUCAGGGGUGGCAUCUCGGCGCCAGACCAGUACAUGCCGCUGCUCGUGUUGGACAUCUUUGAGGACCUGCCCGGGGUCCCCGGGCUCUUCCUGGCCUGUGCCUACAGCGGCACCCUCAGCACAGCGUCCACCAGCAUCAACGCCAUGGCGGCCGUCACCGUGGAAGACCUCAUCAAGCCGCGGAUGCCCGGCCUGGCCCCUCGGAAGCUUGUCCUCAUCUCCAAAGGGCUCUCCCUCAUCUACGGCUCCGCUUGCCUCACCGUGGCCGCUCUGUCCUCGCUGCUGGGAGGCGGGGUCCUCCAGGGCUCCUUCACCGUGAUGGGCGUCAUCAGUGGGCCGCUGCUGGGCGCCUUCACGCUGGGGAUGCUGCUCCCGGCCUGCAACACGCCGGGCGUCCUGUCCGGGCUGGCCGCAGGCUUGGCUGUGUCCCUGUGGGUGGCCGUGGGGGCCACACUGUAUCCACCCGGGGAGCAAGUCAUGGGGGUGCUGCCCACCUCAGCCGCCGGCUGCACCAACGCCUCGGUCCUCAUGGGCCCACCCGGAGCUGCCAACGCCUCCAGCAGGGUCCCCAGCUCUGGAGUGGACGCAGGCCGCCCUGCUCUGGCUGACACCUUCUACGCCAUCUCUUAUCUCUACUACGGGGCUCUGGGCACGCUGACCACCAUGCUGUGUGGGGCCCUCAUCAGCUAUCUGACGGGCCCCACCAAGCGCAGCUCCCUGGGCCCCGGACUGCUGUGGUGGGACCUCGCCAGGCAGACGGCGUCCGUGGCCCCGAAGGAGGACGCCGCCACCCUGGAGGACAGCCUGGUGAAGGGUCCGGAAGACGUCCCUGCUGCGACCAAAAAGACGCCUGGCCUGCUGCCCGGCGGCGACGAGGCCCACCCGCUGUCCCCGGGCCGCGAUCUCGAGACCAACCUCUGAGGGCGGCGCCCCGAAGGCCAAUCGCGGGCCGCGGGCCGGCAGCCUCCUCUCUGAUUGGCUGGACGGGAGCGUGCCCAGAGGCUCGGCUGACACUGGCCCGCCCCCUCCCCGUCCCCGGGUCCCACGCGUCCCCGGGUCCCACCCGCCCGCAAACCAGGCCUGGAACCUUCGGACCGUGUAGAGCUGCGGCCCGCGCUUGCGAAGGCCCCGCUGCUCCUGACAGGCUUGCCGGCUGAGCCGCCAGGGCCCAUUUCACAGGCAGAGAAACUGAGGGCUGUCAACCCGACACCGGGCAGGCCCAAGUUCAGGGGCAUCCUCGGCUACACAGUGUACGCACAAAUGUAGGUUACCUGGCCUGUACCUUGCAGGAAGGGCUUGCUCAGCACACAGUAGGCCCGGGGUCCCAGCCCCACCACCGCAAAGGAGUUUUUUUAAAACAGUGGAAGGGACGCAGACACAGGGAAACCGAGGCAGAGAGAGUGGGGUGUCUGCAGGACACCGAGCCCCCAGGGUGCGGAGCGGCCGGGGAGUGCCGCGGGUUCGAUUCUCAGAGCCCCAGGAGACACUCGGACAUGGUGACACCUCGAUGUGGACUUGUGGUUUGCAGAACUCUCAGAGAACGUGCUUCUGUGAUCAGCCACCCAGCCUCCUCCUCACAGCUUCCACGAGCCCCGUGUAUGCCGUCUCCCCGUCUCCCACGCUUCCCACCCUUCACGCCUGGGUACGCGCUAGGCAAGCGCUCUACCACUGAACUGCACGCUUAGACCUCCAUAGUUUUUGUUUUUGUUUUGGACACAGGGUCUUAAGGAAGUCUGGCUGCUGUCUUCUGAUCUCUCCAUACUUUUGUGUAUAUCAAUAUUUCACUCUUUUUCAAUGCCAACUAGUAUUCCAUUGUAUGGACAUACCACAAUCUGUCACUCAUUCCCAGCAGGUGGAUAGCUAGAUUGUUUCCAGCUUUUGUCUACAGUGAAUAAAAUUGCUGUGGGUGUUCAUGUGCAA